GGAAAACAUAAACGUCUACUAAUAGAGAAGAAACAAAGUUUAAUUUGCUCAUGGAUCAGUGAAGUCCAAAAAUGUGCAUUCAUUUUGGGUGGACUCUGCCCCUUCUCUGCAUUUAAGAUUCAGGAGUGAGAGCCAGCGGAGCUUAAAGAGGAAGACAACCCUCGCAAUUUGUAUCCACUUCUGGCUUUACUGACUGCUGCCCCAUUAAUAAACAACCCAGAAGCUGAAUACAUCAAUAAAUAAAUAAGGCUAUUUUAAGAGGUGACAUGAACCUUGAAGAGUAUUUUGCAAGAACUGGCUAUAAAGGUUCCCUUGAAAAACAAGAUUUGGAAACCUUAACCGAUAUAUUCCAGCACCACAUCCGUGCUGUUCCCUUCGAAAACCUCAGCAUCCAUUGCGGGGAGAAAAUUACUUUGGAGUUGGAGCACGUUUAUAACAAAAUCGUGCGGAGGAAGCGGGGUGGCUGGUGCAUGGAAAACAACCAGCUGUUGGGCUGGGUCCUGAAACGCCUGGGGUACGACACCAGCUUUCUGGGAGCGUAUGUGUUCAAUCCACAUCAAAAUGCAUACGCCACCAUCAUGACCCAUCUCCUUGUAAAGGUAGUUAUUGAUGGCAAAGCCUAUGUUGUUGACGGAGGCUUUGGUGUAUCCUAUCAGAUGUGGCAACCGAUGGAGCUUGUGUCAGGGAAAGACCAGCCCCAGGCUCCUGGCAUCUUUCGCUUCACGGAAAAAAAUGCCAUCUGGUACCUUGAGAAAAUGAGACGGAAACAAUAUAUCCCCAAUCAGAAUUUCUCUAAUUCUGAUCUUCUGGAGAAAAAAGAAUGUCGGAAAGUUUAUAUGUUCAGCCUUGAGCCACGGACAGUGGAAGAUUUCCAUUUCCAGUGCAUGUACCUUCAGACGUCUCCAGAUUCCCUCUUUACAAAGAAGUCCAUCUGCACCCUCCAGACCACGGAUGGCUUUCGAGCGCUAAUUGGGUGGACACUCACUGAGACCACAUACAACUACAAGGAAAAUAUGGAUCUGGUGGAAUUCGUAACUCUUGAAGACGAAGAGGUGGAAAAAACACUCAAAGAGAAAUUCAACAUAACCCUAGAUAGAAAACUUGUCCCAAUUAACGUCAAAGGAUUUUACACAAUCUAGAUGACCAGAAAAACCUACAAUAAUGCUACGUAUGUACAGUACCUUCCACUGCCUGUGCAAUCACCACUGUAAGAUUAUGGGAUUCUUUUGCAGGUGAUUGAAGGAAAAAUACAUUAAUGCCAGAUUAAAGUGGAUUCCACUCUGGGAAAAAUCAGGAAUUUAAGACCCUUCUGUCAGGUAGAUAGAAUUAUUUGCUGUGAGAUGACUGCAGUUCAAUUUUUGGCACAAAUGUAGGAUCGGAUUUGAAUCUGGUUAUAAACUUGGGUAAUAAAUAUGUCUGGGGAAUUUUGGAGUGCCUAUAGUAUGCAGGAGUAUGGAUUAUUAAUUGUGAUAUGCUGCCGACACAUUUUCUAUGGUUAUUAUAGGGAGAAAAGUGAUCUGUGAACAUUUAGACAAUGAAGUACACAUUUUAAACUUCAUUUUUCACAAGAUCUAACCACUCACAGCUCAUCUCAUUUCUCUACCUUUAAUAUAAGUAAAACAGUGUCAUCUUUGAAAGGAGCAUUAGGAGGCAUAAUUCUUUCACCAUCAUCCUUAGACAAAACAUCGUACAAAAUGAAAAUUAUCAUCAUGUGCAUCCCUUUUGUCAUUGCUGCAGUAAACUGCCCAAAGUAAUUUUUGGUAUGUAUGUAUUUUCUGGUGAUCCAAAUGGUAUAUAUUGCAGCAUUACUGUGGCUGAUGGGCUCUGAGGAGAUUCCUACAAGCUUUGCUUCUGAUAAGUAAUCAUCCUAUAAAGGGUGAAUGGUGCUUAAACAUCACAACUGGCUUAGAUUUACUUCUAUCCCAAAAGGGGUGGAAAUUUUGUGUUUUUAGCAUUGCAAGUUAUUUGUAUAACAAAGGUAGAACAAUGAAGCUAACCCCACCACACCCUUAAUUUUGCCCUCUUUUUGUAUAGCAAAUAUGGGAGUCCAUGGGUUUAUCCUGAAUGAGUACCACUUAGCACAGGAGCUUUCGUGUCACAAGUGAGUUCAUUCAUCUGUAUCAAAGUGAAAAAAAAUCAAGGAGCCAACCAAUUCUAAAGGAGUCCCUUUCUUUAGAAUUUUUUCACAAUCACAUUUCCCCAUUUUUUCAAAAUUUUUUUUUUGUUCCAAAAAGCCCAAACAAGGAAACCACUGAGAAAGAGGAAACAUUCUCAAAUGCAUCAAAAAAUAGCAGUAACACUGAAAAAUGGCCUUUCUCCCCAAUCUAUGGUAAUCCUGAGUAUUGGUCAAAUGUUGAUUCCUCCCACUGAUAGUAUAUCUUUUUGCUCAAAGACAUAAUCUGAUCAUAAAUCUCACAAAUGCUGUAAAUGUAUACCUGAGAAUAAAUAAAGGAAAAUAAAAACAAAGAGUUGCUG